UUCAAUAAAACCCACUUCCACAUUCCCCCUCCUACAUUUCCUUCUUACAUUUCCCCUCCAAAUUUUCUUCAAUGAGAAGAAUGAGUUGUCCCCAUUCACUUACAAAUCUGCAGAUCUCUGCUUAUUCUGUAAAUAGCCGUUACUUUCUCCCGUUUAGAAAACAUCAUAAUGCUCAAUAUUUCUCAUCAUCUCCAUUCCCCCGUCUUUACAACAAGUGUUAUUCUGUUGCUUCGAUCUCAUCCACUCCCAUCCGAAGAACAACAAACUAUCAGCCGAGCCCAUGGGAUGACAGCCAAAUACAGUCUCUGAACAUUACUUCUUUCACUGGAGAUGUGCAUGUAAAGAGAAGAGAGGAGCUGAAGGAGGAAGUGAAGUGGCUUAUUAAGGAGAAGGGAUUUGCUGAUCAGCUGGAGCUUUUUGAUUUACUGCAAAAGCUUGGAGUGGCCUAUCAUUUUGAAGAGGAGAUCAAAGAUUCGUUACAUUUGAUGAGAACCUUGGAAGAAGAGUUAAGAAUGACCAUGGAUGCUUAUGUCAUGGCUCUGUAUUUUAGGCUUUCAAGGGAGCAUGGCCUUGUGGCCUCCAAAGAUUUGUUGGUUCAAUGCUACAAAGAUAAGAAUGGGUCCUACAAGCCUUCUGUACUCCAUGAUACCAAAGGAAUAUUAAGCCUCUAUGAGGCUUCAUUUCUUGCUAUGGAUGGGGAAGAUGAGCUAGAUGAACUAAAGGAGUUUACUCUGAAACAACUAAGAUAUCUAAAGACAUCAAAUUCUUCAACAAAUCCAAAGCUUUCAGAGUACAUAGCCAAAGCCUUGGAGCUUCCUCUCCACCAUAGAAUUCCAAAGCUUCAAGCUCCAAUUUUCAUCCGGCUAGCUCGCGACAUAGAAGAAGUUAAUCCGGACCCAAUUGUAAUAGAAUUCGCUCAACUCGACUUCAACAUGACUCAAAGCAUCUACAUCAGAGAGCUCAAGGAGAUUACAUCUUGGUGGACAAAAAUAAGUAGUGCAACUGGUGGUAAAGUAACUUUUGCAAGAGAAUGGCCUGUGGAGAGCUACUUCUUGGCAGUGGGUUUGGCCAUGGAACCACAGUUCUCAACACUCAGAAUAGAAGUUGCUAAAGCAAUAUGCUUUAUAAAUGUUAUAGAUGAUAUCUAUGACAUUUAUGGUUCGUUGGAUGAGCUUCAGCUCUUCACUGAUGCCGUUGAAAGGUGGGAAUUUGCUGCUGUUAGAGCACUUCCUGAAUAUAUAAAGAUAUGUUUUUCAGAACUAUUCAACAUGGUAAAUAGUGUGGCAUGCAAAAUCAUGGAGGAGAGGGGGUUGGAUGUUCUUCCAUACCUUAAAAGAGCGUGGUUAGAUUUAUGUAAAGCUUAUAUGUUGGAGGCAAGAUGGUAUUACACUGAGUAUCGCCCAACAUUUGAAGAAUAUUUAGAUAAUGCAUGGAUUUCAGUUUCAGCCCCUUUGAUCUCAGUUAUAGCGCUUUGUUUAAGUGAAAACUUAACGAAGGUAUCACUCGAAAGCUUUGAGUUUUAUCCGAGCAUUGUUCGACGAUCU